AACUGGGCGCUUACAUGGAUAAACCAGGUAGACGCUGACAUUCCUAAGGCGUAUGGAGGGUGUCAUAGAACCAGAUUGACAGUCGACCCUCUCGUUUUUGACUGUCUAUCUAAGACUUCUGAACCAAAAUUAUGGUCUACACUUUCUGGAUUGAGAGUGAACGACAUGAUGUCGGAUUUAGAAUGCUGUAAUGUACAAGAGUCAGGAGCAUGGCGUGGGUUGAGUGGAAGAGGCGGCAGGGAUCAGGAUCUGAUUUGUGGCCUAGAGCACUCGAUCAGCGAAACUGGCGACCCAAGAAACGGGAAAGCAUAUGAACCACACACGAUUCUCAGAUGA